AUGUGUUUGAAUCUAGUAUUAAUAUUGCAAUUAUUAAUGUUAUAUUUUAUAUUAGGCCAUGUUUAUUCAGCAAAACUGUCCGAGCGAAUCGUGGGCGGUAGCGCGGUGACACAAAAGAAAUAUCGCUACUAUGUGCGGCUGCAUUAUCAAGGCGAGUUCAAGUGCGGUGGCUCUUUGUUGCGGAACAACGCUGUGCUGACGGCAGCGCACUGUGUCAAGGGCAGCAAUAUGAAGUCGUUGCGGGUACACGCCGACACUAUACGCCUAUCCGAUCCAGGAGUUGUGAGGAGUGUUAAAAACGCUUUAGUCUCUAGAUCAUACAAUGCGGAUACACUGAAUUACGACGUUGCAGUACUCAUACUUUCUUCUGCAAUACCAAGUGGGAGUUUCACAUCCAUUACACUGGAUAAAAAGGCGGUGGCUAGUGGCACGAAUUGUCUAGUUAUUGGACAUGGCUACACAAAGGAAGACGGAUCGGUUGCGCAGCAAUUGCAAGAGGUCUCGGUGCCAGUGGUAAGCCGAGCAGCUUGUCAACGCAAAUACAGAGGUACUGGAGCUAUUACUCAGUAUAUGAUGUGCGCCUCGGUACCAGGGAAAAAAGAUUCGUGCUCUGGCGAUUCUGGUGGACCUAUGAUCUGCAGUGGGCAACAGGCUGGAAUAGUGUCGUGGGGUAUGGGUUGCGCGCGUACCAAGUUCCCUGGAGUCUACACUGACAUUAGCAAGAUCUAUGGUUUUGUCGAAAAAGUUCUCAAGCAGUAUCCAUAAACAUUGAUUUUGUUCGGAUGCAGAAGCAGAGUUCAUUGUAUUUGCUUCAAUAUAGUUAGUUUAGUUAGCGUGAUAUAGUAUUUAUUAAGAAAUGUAGUAAAAGAUACUAAGAUUAAAAAUGUGAUAACUGUGUAAUAGUAAAUGAAUAUUUAAAACUGCUUCAUAACAAGUUUUGCAUGAUUACGAAAGGCUAAACAGUGUUCAAAAUCAAAUUAGCUAAAUAUUUCAAAUGCAUCUGAAGUGUUGCAUCUAAGGCUUAAAAAU